GGGAGCUGCUCCUGCCCCGCGGCAGGCAGCGGCGGACUGGGAGAGCAGAGAGCGAAGCGCGUCCUACCCUGGGAGAGCUCCUGACGCGGAAUCUCCUCGCUGUGAGCCCCAGGCAGCGAGGGCAGGUCUCCGCGACUGCCCGCAGUGAGAGGACGGGCUGCGGACACAGCGCUCCAAGCAAGGCAGACACAUUUACCCCUGCUGUUCUUCUUCCUCUGCCUAUCCCUCCCUGGCCCAGGUGAAGUAACCCCGAGCCGGGUCCGGGACCCCGAAGCCUUGCGCCCCGCCCCCUGCCUGCCCACCAUGCGGGGAGCGGCCCGCCGGGGAGGAGGAGGAGGAGAACCCGGAGCCGUGGGAGAAGGAGAGUGACCGCUCCGGAGUCCCGGUGCUUCCGGCCCCCUGAGCGGGCUCUCCUCGCCGAGCUGAGCGCACACCUGCUGCAAUGGGCCGCCGCUGGCUGCGCUUCCAUCCCUGCCCAACUUCGCAGUCCCAAAGAAGCUCCCUGGGCCGGGCUCAGCUUUGAAUCUCCUCCCGGGCUUUUCAGCGAAGUGCUCCGGACCCCGCAGUCCGAGGAGGAGAUCACGGCUCCCGGAAUUGGAUCCACACUCCCAUCCCCGGAGCGGCGCCGGCUAGGAGCUGAAGCCCAGCCAGCGGCGCCGGAGCCGCUUCGUGGCAGCCUGUCUUUGGAGGGAUUUCAUAAAAGGGAAAGAAACUAACAGGUUGAAGACUGAAGAAACCGGCUUUCCCCGGGACAGAGAAAAGCGUUCCCGUUCCAGCUGCCAAUCUCGGUUCCUAGGAGGGUGAAGGAGAAAGGGGACGGAGCUGGAGUGAUUCGGGAGCGGGGCAGAGAUGGCUCGCCCUGAGCUGGACUCGUUGCCCGGGCUGCCCGGGCCGCCGCCGCCGCCGCUGCUGUCGCUGCUGCUGCUGCUCCUGGCGCAGCUGGCGGGGAGGGGAGAAGCCUCCUCCAAGGCUCUAGUGUGCCAGGAAAUCACGGUGCCCAUGUGCAGGAGCAUCGGCUACAACCUGACGCACAUGCCCAACCAGUUCAACCACGACACCCAGGACGAGGCUGGGCUGGAAGUGCACCAGUUCUGGCCCCUGGUGGAAAUCCACUGCUCGCAGGACCUGCGCUUCUUCCUGUGCUCUAUGUACACGCCCAUCUGUCUGCCGGACUACCCCAAGCCCCUGCCUCCCUGCCGCUCGGUGUGCGAGCGGGCCAAGGCGGGCUGCUCCCCGCUCAUGCGCCAGUACGGCUUCGCCUGGCCCGAGCGCAUGAACUGCGACCGCCUCCCGGUGCUGGGGGACGCCGAGACCCUGUGCAUGGACUAUAACCGCAGCGAAGCCACCACGGCCCCGCCGCGGCCCUUCCCGGGCAAACCCACGCCUCCGGCCCCGCGCAGCUCGGCGAACUCCGGCGGGGAGUGCGGCGCCUGCAAGUGCCGGGAUCCUUUCGUGCCCAUCGUGAAGGAGACGCACCCGCUCUUCAACAAGGUGCGCACGGGCCGGGUGUUGAACUGCGCGGUGCCCUGCUACCAGCCCACCUUCAGCCCGGACGAGCGCACCUUCGCCACUUUCUGGAUCAGCCUAUGGUCCGUGCUCUGUUUCGUGUCCACGUCUACCACCGUGGCCACUUUCCUCAUAGACAUGGAGCGCUUCCGCUACCCCGAGCGCCCGAUCAUCUUCCUGUCUGCCUGCUACCUCUUCGUGUCGCUGGGCUUCCUCGUGCGCCUGGCCAUGGGCCACGCCAGCGUGGCCUGCAACCGCGAACACAGCCACAUCCACUACGAGACCACGGGGCCGGCGCUCUGCACGGUGGUCUUCCUGCUCGUCUACUUCUUCGGCAUGGCCAGCUCCAUCUGGUGGGUCAUUCUCUCCUUCACCUGGUUCCUGGCGGCCGGCAUGAAGUGGGGCAACGAGGCCAUCGCGAGCUACUCGCAGUACUUCCACCUGGCCGCCUGGCUCAUCCCCAGCGUCAAGUCCAUCGCCGUGCUGGCCCUGAGCGCGGUGGACGGCGACCCCGUGGCCGGCAUCUGCUACGUGGGCAACCAGAACCUGGACUACCUGCGGGGCUUCGUGCUGGCCCCGCUCGUGGUGUACUUGCUCACGGGCACGCUGUUCCUGCUGGCGGGGUUCGUGUCUCUCUUCCGCAUCCGCAGCGUCAUCAAGCAGGGAGGCACUAAGACGGACAAGCUGGAGAAGCUGAUGAUCCGCAUCGGCCUCUUUUCCGUACUCUACACCGUGCCGGCCAGCAUCGUGGUGGCCUGCUACCUGUACGAGCAGCACUCCCGGGAAAGCUGGGAGCGGGCGCUCACCUGCCAGUGCCCCGCGGGGGAGCCGGGGCAGCCCCGGGCCAAGCCCGAGUACUGGGUGCUCAUGCUCAAGUACUUAAUGUGCCUACUCGUGGGCAUCACCUCGGGGGUCUGGAUUUGGUCGGGGAAAACGGUGGAGUCCUGGAGGCGCUUCACCAGCCGCUGCUGCUGCCGCCCGCGGCGGGGCCACAAGUCGGGCGGGGCCACGGCCGCCCGGGACUACGCGGAGGCCAGCGCGGCCCUAACCGGCUGCAGGACCGGGGCUCCCUGCCCGGGCGCCGCCGCCGCCGCCUACCACAAGCAGGUGUCCCUGUCUCACGUGUAGCAGCGUCCUGCCGGCUGCGUGCGUGUGGGAGGCGCCGAACUGCGGGAGAUGGGCGAGUUGUUUCCCACAACUGCUUUGGGUAGCUUUCUAACAGGUCACUUGUUUUGACUUCAUGGUGCUGCUGCUGCUGCUGCUUCCCUUCGGAAUUUGGGAGGAGGGAGAAGAGACGAUUUUGAGGUGGAACACGAUAGUCCCAGGACUUCUGCAGGGACCUUGUUUUUAAAUAUAAUUUUUAAAAAAUUUUCUCGUUUUCAAUCUGUGUGGGUACAAGUUGCUUUUUGGCAAUGGACCCUACCUUGGCUUUGGGGAAGAGGGAGGGCUGGCUUUAAAAAUUCUGAUUUGGGGCAUUAUAAUGAAGUUCAAAACUGUAUCUAUUUUUAAUGAAUCUGUUUCUAGCCUGGUAUGCCCUGAAAAAGAUGUUUUGCUUUUUUAAUGUGAACGGCUCAAGUUUGGACAUCUGUGGAGUGUGUGUGUAUGGAAGGGGGAGGGGGUGGGGAAAUAGGUCUAUCUCCAAGCCACACCAGUAUAAAGUAUUCUUGUGUCUCUUGAUGCUAUCUCACGUUCUUGUGUGGUUGGAUGUUCCUUGAAGUGGGGAAGUGCGAAAUCAGAUCCAAGUGCUUUGAAACUUGUGUUCAGGGUCUUCCAAAGUGACACGGCUGUGGGCAGGGGAUGGCAACUUUUGUUUCUUGAGCAUUUUGCUGCAUCUCAUUCUCUAGGACUAGAAAUUUUGAUUCUCAAGACAAUAUGUAACCUUAACGUUAAAGGUAGUUCCCAUAAACCAUCUGGCGCAAACUUCUGGAGACAGAGGAAUUGGCAGAACUGUAAUUUUCAAGCCUUGUGAAACUUGUUAACUGUUGGUUGUGAGUGGGAGAAACUUAAACUCAAGUGCUGUUCUUAUUUUAAAAGGGAAAUUUGCUUAAUGCCAGGAAAAGUUAAGUCAUCUACUUCUGGAAGUACUUAGUUUGGUGGUUGCCACAUAGAAACUGCAUCUUUAUCUUUUGGGGAGCAAGGGGUGGGGAAAAUCUUUUUUUUUAUAUAUAUAUUCAUGUUUUCCUUCUAAACCUAGUGCAUUACCAGAAUACUAAUUUUUUUUUGGGGGGGGGGAGGGACUUGGCCAAUGGAGUCUUAACCUUGACCCUCCUGGUUUACCAAGUUUGGGCUUUUUUGUUUUUCCUCUGUUGACAGGGUAGAUUGCCCUUUUGGCUCUGGGUCAUUCAGAGGGGCCUAGGUACGUCUGUUCUGUCCUUCAGUGAGCACUGCAAUUUAGCAUCUCUUUCAGGUCCAGCAUCGUACUCAUCUCCCCCGCCCCCCUUGGGUUUCCCUCGGGGACAGUGACAGUUUAGUCCCCUGGGGUAGGCAGUCCUGUCUUCCCAGGUCUUAAGAAAUUUAGAAACCACAUCUAUUCCAGGAAUGUGGAAGUAAAAUAGAAAUAGCUAGCAAAGUCCAAGACUUCCGGACAAGUUUAAAGCCGAUUGGCUUCCAAACUGCCUCUGAUAACCAACUAGCUAAUUUUUCAAGCCGUCUUCCAUAGACUCCACUUUUCUUUUGCAGUAUAGCUUGUUGGGCAGCCACUGCUUCAGCAAGCUUCUCCCAAUAUUCAUCUAAAAGGUUUUGUCUGGUAAGGAAAGGACAAACUUUGCAGUUUUGUUUCUUGGCAGUUUCAAAAGUCCAUGUUUGUUUUCCCAAUCUAAUUACCACUGAUCAAAAGCCACUGAGGUGAUUAGGGGGGUAGGGAGGCUUACUAUUCAUGAUUUCCUUUUAAAACAAAACUUAGUGAGAACUGAACUUGAGCAAACUGAAUACCCAAAGCAAUGAAAUUUACUCUACUUGCCUAGAAAGCAAAUUCUUCACAUGGGAGGCCUGGACCUUUCAGUUAUUAUUUGCACUA